GCUGGGAACCGGGAGACAGGCGGGCGGCAGGGUCGUCCCCGGCUCAGCAUGGCGGCGGCGCUGCUGGACUCCGCGAAGGUGUCUGUGACCUUCAAGGAUGUGGCUGUGACCUUCACCCAGGAGGAAUGGAGGCAGCUAGAUCUGACCCAGAGGACCUUAUACUGGGAUGUGAUGCUGGAGACCUGUGGGCUUCUGGUUUCUCUGGGUAGCAACACAAAUUCUAAAACCACAGAGCUCACCCCUGCUUGUCUGGCCUGGCCUGAAGGAGCCUCACAUCAGCAACAAUUGACACUGAGGACGUCAGGGGACUCCCAGUUGGGGCAGUAUAGGGGUCUGGAUGGGACAUCUGAAAUGCAGAAAGGACUCUCGAUACCAGGGAUUGAGAAGCUUCCUGAGCACAUGGGCCCUGGACACUGAGGCAUGAGAAUGGCUGAUUCUGUAUAUUCAAGGACUAUGCACAUCUCUCCAGGUGAUGUUCUGUGUAUCUGUGACAGUGGACCAGAUGCAGGUCCCUUGAAGGAUUCAGGGGAAAAUUCCUACAAAUGCAAGGACUGUGGGAAAGUGUUUAAUAAGAAUUGUCUCCUCAUUCGGCACAAGUGGAUCCACUCUGGAGUGAAGCCCUGCACGGAAUGUGGGAAGACCUUCAGCAAGAGCACACAUCUCCAGCACCAGAUGAUCCACACCGGAGAGAGGCCUUACAAGUGCUUGGAGAGUGGGAAGGCCUUCAACCGCAGAUCUCACCUUAUAAGGCACCAGCGAAUCCACAGUGGGGAGAAGCCUUACAAGUGCAGCGAAUGUGGAACCUCGCGCGAUAGGCCGGGUUUCUUUCAACACUACAUCAUCCACACUGGGGAGAAGCCCUAUGAGUGCACGGAGUGUGGGAAGGCCUUCAGCCGACGGUCAUACCUCAAGUGGCACCAGCAGGCCCACACUGGAGUGAGACCCUUUGAGUGUAGUGAGUGUGAAGGCCUCUGUGAGAGCGCUGGCCUCAUUCAGCACCACAUCAUCCACACUGGGGAAAAGCCCUACAUGAGCAUGGAAUGUGGGAAGGCCUUCAGCCACAUGUCUCACCUCAAACAGCACCAGCGCAUCCACACUGGGGAGAAGCCUUACGUUUGCAGUGAGUGUGAGAAGGCCUUCACCCACUGCUCCACUUUCAUCUUACAUAAAAGGACCCACACUGGAGAAAAACCCUUUGAGUGCAAAGAAUGUGGGAAAGCCUUUAGUGACAGAGGAGACCUCAUUCGUCACUUCAGUGUCCACACUGGGGAGAAGCCCUAUGAGUGCAUGGAGUGUGGGAAGGCCUUCAGCCCACAGUCCCACCUCACAAGGCACCAGCAGAUUCACAGUGGGGAGAAGCCCUAUGGGUGUAUGGAAUGUGGGAAAUCUUUUUGCCGGAGUGCAAACCUCAUCCAGCAUGCCAUCAUCCUCAUUGGAGAGAAGCCCUAUAAGUGCAGUGAGUGUGGGAAGGCCUUCAGCCGCACCUCAUCCCUCACCCAGCACCAGAGGAUGCACCGUGGGAGAAACCUGUCAGCACAGCAGAGGAGGGCCCCUUUUUACAAGUUGGAAAGCUUCUGUCAACAUCUCAGGACUCAGGUUAAGGAAAAUUUUUUUUAAUGUGACCACUGAGUAAAACCAGUGAUCAAAGGCAACUUCCACCUCAGCCUCUGGCCAUUCAUGCCAAGAGAAACUCCUUUAGUGACAUCUCUGAAAAAAGAUGUCAUAAAUCACUUGACAUCUGAAGAGUCAGGUCUGAAAUGGACGCAGCCUAGACUUCUACGUCUGAGAGUUCCUCCGUGAGGGAGACCCAGUGAUUACUAUGCUCUUAGAAAAACCUUCAGCCACAUCUUUCUUCUUAGUUUAAAUUAAAAUGUUAUUUCAGGUAUUUUUUUUAAAGGAGGAGGAUAAGGCUUGGUGUGUAGCUUAGGGCUUCAUGUGCAAAGUCCUGGGUUCAGUCCUCAGAGACAGCAGCACCACCAAUGGAGAAAAGAGGAGAAAAUGCAGGCACAUCUUUGUUCUGGCCUCUUUGAUAAGCACUUUGCCAUCUCUUCAUGAUUGUACUUGGGAAAAGGAAAGUGUUGUUUCAGAAAUGAAAGAGCCCUGUUUCCAGUGUGCACACUCAUCGUGUCCAGUGUCAGAACUAGAGGCUUGUGUUGUGAAGUGCUUCUGUUCAUGGAGAUGAGGCUGCACACACAACUGCACAUCUUCACUGCAUUUGUGUGUGUGUGUGUGAGUGUGUAUGUGUGUGUGUGUUGCUAGGGAUUGAACCCAGGGCCUUGUGCAUGCAAGGCAAGCACUGUACCAACUGAGCUAUAUCCCCAGCCCUCUUCAUUGCACAUUUAAAGCUGAGUCUUUUUAAACAACUAUUUCUUAUGCCUUAAUCCACCCACCUCAUACUUUCCUGAUCCCAGUCUGUACAUAGUCUUUAUUUUCCUGUGGGAUGGGGAUGAUAGUGUUCCUGACACAGUUAACUCAGCUGGGGCCCAGUUCUUCCCUCAGAUUCAGCUUUCUCUCCUCUUAUCCUUCCUGAAGCUUCUGUAUGUUCCCCCAAGCAAUUUUCUAGAGGUCAAAUUAAAGCCAAAACAAAAUAAAAUGCAAGGCUAAAUUAGGUUAAAGGAGCAGGAUAAACACUUUAAGAAACAAAACACAAAAGCAAUCUUAUUUUUGAUGUUAUAAAAAUAUAACGGUGAAGAUCCACCGUGGAGUGUCUGUAAUGUCAACAGGUGAGCCUGCAGUUUCAUGAGAGUCACCUUCAUCACCAGGGACUUAGUCCCUGUUGACUACUAGUACUACUAUGGAUCCUCUUUUGGAGCGUAGGUUUUGAGCUACAUGAAGUAGUAUUACUCAGCAUUAAAAAGGAUGUUGUACAGAAGGAUAGAAAUAAUCACAUGUUUACUUUGAACUCUCCACUGAGCUUUUGAGGUGACCAUGGGUAAUUCACACUGGCAUUGUAGGGAGCGUCAUUUUGUGUUGUGUUAAUCUGUGUCGUCAUUGUUUUGGCAGUUCUUUGUUCCUUUCAUGUAGUGUCUUAGAACUCUUCACCAAAUUGUCAGUCCUGUGAAUUUUUCCUUCGUCCUUUCUUUCUUGUAGGUCCUGCAUAUUUAUUCUUCCUUUUCCCUUCCUUUCCCUUCUCACUUCUUUCCUUCCUCUCUCCCCCCCCCCACCCCU